UCGACACAUCAUCUUAGUGACAUUAAGUCUACCAAGAGCCAAGGCUCUUUUUCUUCUAGGAGCAACAGCCACGGAUACAGCCGAUCGCCUGGCAGCAGCGGCAGCGGUGUUGGGAGGAUUUCGCUGGGACCUGGAAUCGUAUCCUCCAGUAUUUUUUCAGACUCCUUGGAAAUUAAGGAAUGCAAUUCUGCCACCAUGAUGGAAGGAUUGAAAAAACGUACAAGGAAGGCCUUUGGGAUACGGAAGAAAGAAAAGGACACUGAUUCUACAGGUUCACCCGAUAGAGAUGGAAUUCAGGGGAAAAAAAAGACCCAGAAGACUCAGCUUCUCCUCACCUCUUGCUUCUGGCUCAGAGCCCUCUCGUUAACUCUCUCGCAGAAGAAAAGCAAUGGGGCACCAAAUGGAUUUUAUGCAGAAAUUGAUUGGGAAAGAUACAACUCACCCGAGCUGGAUGAAGAAGGCUACAGCAUCAGACCCGAGGAACCCGGCUCUACCAAAGGAAAGCACUUUUAUUCUUCAAGUGAAUCAGAAGAGGAAGAAGAAUCACACAAGAAAUUUAAUAUCAAGAUUAAGCCACUGCAAUCUAAAGACAUUCUUAAGAACGCUGCAACUGUAGAUGAAUUGAAGGCAUCGAUAGGCAACAUUGCACUUUCCCCAUCACCAGUGAGGAAAAGUCCGAGGCGCAGCCCGGGUGCAAUUAAAAGGAACUUAUCCAGUGAAGAAGUGGCCAGACCCAGGCGUUCCACACCGACACCAGAACUCAUGAGCAAAAAACCUCCAGAUGACACUAUGGCCUUAGCUCCCCUCUUUGGCCCACCAUUAGAAUCAGCUUUUGAUGAACAGAAGACAGAAGUUCCUUUAGAUCAGCCUGAGAUAUGGGGUUCAGGCCAACCAGUUAAUCCAAGCAUGGAGUCGCCAAAGUUAACAAGGCCUUUUCCCACUGGAACACCUCCUCCACUGCCUCCAAAAAAUGUACCAGCCACCCCACCCCGAACAGGCUCCCCCCUCACAGUUGGACCAGGAAAUGACCAGUCAGCCACAGAGGUCAAAAUUGAAAAACUACCAUCAAUCAAUGACCUGGACAGCAUUUUUGGCCCAGUGUUGUCCCCCAAGUCUGUUGCUGUUAAUGCUGAAGAAAAGUGGGUCCAUUUUUCUGAUACGUCCCCGGAACGUGUUACUCCAGAGUUGACUCCAAGGGAAAAGGUGGUAUCCCCACCAGCUGCAUCAGACAACCCAGAUGACUCCCCAGUUCUGGGCUCCCCAAGUCCUCCAGGCCCCUCAGGCCCCCCAGGCCCUCCAGGGCCCCCUGGUCCUCCUCGAAAUGUACCAUCGCCGCUCAAUUUAGAAGAAGUCCAGAAGAAAAUCGCUGAGCAGAGCUUCAUUAAAGAUGAUUACUUAGAAACAAUCUCAUCUCCUAAAGAUUUUGGGUUGGGACAGAGAGCAACUCCGCCUCCCCCACCACCACCCACCUACAGAACUGUGGUUUCGUCCCCCGGACCUGGCUCGGGCAGUGGUACAGGGACCACCAGUGGUGCAUCGUCCCCUGCUCGGCCAGCCACUCCCUUGGUCCCUUGCAGCAGCACCACCCCGCCACCACCUCCUCCCCGGCCUCCAUCUCGGCCAAAGCUACCUCCAGGAAAACCUGGAGUCGGCGAUGUGCCCAGACCUUUUAGCCCUCCCAUCCAUUCCUCCAGCCCUCCUCCAAUAGCACCCCUAGCGCGGGCUGAAAGCACUUCUUCAAUAUCGUCCACCAAUUCCCUGAGUGCAGCCACCACUCCCACAGUUGUGUCAGAAGAUGAUGUUUUUUAUGACAAACUGCCCUCAUUUGAAAGGCGCUGUGAAACCCCGGCAGAGAAUGAACAGCCUUCCCUCGUUUGGUUUGACAGAGGAAAGUUUUAUUUGACUUUUGAAGGUUCCUCCAGGGGACCCAGCCCUCUAACCAUGGGGGCCCAGGACACCCUCCCUGUUGCAGCAGCAUUUACAGAAACGGUCAACGCCUACUUCAAAGGAGCAGAUCCCAGCAAAUGUAUCGUGAAGAUUACUGGAGAAAUGGUGUUGUCCUUCCCUGCCGGCAUCACCAGACACUUUGCCAACAACCCAUCGCCAGCUGCCCUGACUUUCCGGGUGAUAAAUUUCAGCAGGUUAGAACACGUCCUGCCAAAUCCCCAACUUCUCUGCUGCGAUAAUACCCAAAGUGAUGCCAAUAGCAAGGAAUUCUGGGUAAACAUGCCAAAUUUGAUGACUCACCUAAAGAAAGUGUCUGAACAAAAACCCCAGGCUACAUAUUAUAAUGUGGACAUGCUUAAAUAUCAGGUGUCCACCCAGGGCAUUCAGUCCACACCUCUGAACCUGGCAGUGAACUGGCGGUGUGAGCCCACCAGCACCGACCUGCGCCGCAAUUACAAAUACAAUACGGAUGCAAUGACAACCGCGGUCGCCCUCAACAAUGUGCAGUUCCUGGUCCCCAUCGACGGAGGAGUAACCAAGCUCCAGGCCGUGCUCCCCCCGGCAGUCUGGAAUGCCGAACAACAAAGAAUAUUGUGGAAAAUUCCCGAUAUUUCUCAGAAAUCAGAAAAUGGAGGUAAUGUCAUCACAGGCUUACUUUAUUUAAUAUCUGAGGCUGAAAUAAUUUGCAAGUAUCAGGUAACUAUUAACCAAAAUACACUUUAUACUAAAAGCAAG